CUUCGCAAAUUCCCAAGAGAUUAUUUUUGUUUUUGCUUCAGUGGAUUGAAGAUGCAAAUUCAAACUUGUAUAAAUGGGACAAGUCUUUUGGGCUGGAUUGGGCUGGGGAAGACUUUUAGGGCAGGAGACCGAACUGGGAGCGGAAUCUUUUUUGGUUUAGACAAAAGCACUAAGUUGGAGCAUCUUCGGAUCUUCCCCUUUAUUGCACUUAGCCGUCGUGCCGUGUGAAAAACAUUGGGACUUGGGUCUCUCUAAUCCAUUACACGAGAAAUGAUGAUUUAGAAUUUUCCAUAUUGGGCUGCGUCAUCCCAAAACAAUACUACUAGUAGUAGUUUUUAUCAAACACAAAAUCUGGUUGAUUUCCGUUUCUUAUUUCAGAUACUGGGCAUUGAUCAGAUAAUACAACCUGUGGUGUCAGUAAUUGUACAGCUUGAAUCAACACCCCAAAAUUAUAGGAAAUUUCUAUUUGAACGAAUUUAGAACAAAGGAUUUCAUUUGGAAAGAACGGCGGUUUUUGAAACUUUGGAAGCCCCCCCCCCACGACCUGGGGUUCUUGGAAGGCUUGCAAAUUUUCAUCAAAAUAUCAGGGUGAUUGAUAAGUAUAACUGGGCUCUGUUUGUUUGGGGUGGGUGAACCAGUGAAUCAUCUUUACAGCCUCUGCGCAGGAAUGGAGAUCCAUGAGGCAAUCCAAAGAUGUGAUGAUCUGAGGUUGAAGACAAAGUAUAACAACGCCAUCAAUGUCAUCUGUAGAGCUCUUGCUCUCUAUAGUGUCGAAGAGGUUGCUUUUAGCUUUAACGGAGGGAAAGAUUCAACUGUUUUGCUACACCUCCUUCGGGCAGGCUAUUAUCUGCAUAUUUCUGAAAAUUCGCAAUGCAAUGGAGUCGUUUCUGCCAAGGAGGUUGCAUUUCCGAUACGAACAAUAUACUUUGAGAGUGCAUCAGCUUUUCCUGAGAUCAACUCAUUCACAUAUGAAACGGCAGAAAGAUAUGGAUUGCAAAUGGAAAUCAUUCGCCUCGACUUCAAAUCAGGUUUGGAGGCUCUACUAAAGGCAAAACCAAUCAGAGCUAUUUUUCUUGGCGUCCGAAUUGGUGAUCCAACAGCGGUAGGACAAGAACAGUUCUCUCCUAGUUCACCUGGGUGGCCCCCUUUCAUGAGAGUCAAUCCAAUUUUGGAUUGGUCGUACAGAGAUGUGUGGGCAUUUCUUUUGACUUGUAAGGUCCAGUACUGCAGCCUUUACGAUAAAGGCUACACUUCAAUUGGGAGCAUUCACGACACUGUUCCUAAUUGUUUACUGAGCAUGGGAGAGUCCACAAGUUCAGAAGAAAAAUUCCGGCCUGCGUACACUCUUGCUGAUGGAAGAUUGGAAAGAGCUGGUAGGGCGAAGAAGUUUUCUUCUCCAGUUCAUGGACGAAUGUCCUCUGCUAGUGAUGGUCUGGGAAGUGGAGAAAAAAGCCAGAUAAGCAUGCUUACAGCCUCAAUCAUUGCUGUGGGUGAUGAGAUACUAUUUGGCACUGUUGAGGAUAAGUUGGGAUCUUUUUUGUGCCGAAAGCUCCAUUCUAUUGGUUGGACAGUCUCUCAGCUAUCUGUAACGCGAAAUGAUAUAGAUUCUGUAGCUGAUGAAGUUGAGAAGAAGAGAUCCUCCAGUGACAUGGUGUUCAUAUAUGGAGGCCUAGGUCCUUUGCAUUCAGAUGUCACUGUUGCUGGUGUUGCAAAAGCAUUUGGUGUUCGUAUGGCACCUGAUGAAGAGUUUGAAGAGUAUUUAAGACAUCAUAUUGGUGAAAAGUGCACUGGGGACAGAAAUGAGAUGGCACAACUACCUGAGGGUAUCACAGAACUACUGCAUCAUGAAAAGCUGCCAUGGCCUUUGAUCAAGUGCCACAAUGUUAUAAUUCUAAAUGCAACAAAUGUUGCUGAGCUGGAUCUCCAGUGGAACUGUUUGAUUGAUUUGUCAACUGCUAAUGGGCUACUUGUGACUCUGGAGCCUUUCAAAUCAAAACAUUUGUCCACAAAGCUAUUGGAUGUAAGUGUGCAUCACUUGGUUUUGGUUGCAUUUAACUUCAUCCGUGCUAGUUACAUUACUAAUUCUUGUGUAACAUAUGGGAUGCAGGUAGAAGUUGCUCAACCUUUAUCGAAACUGUGUCUAGAAUUUCCAGAUAUUUAUAUUGCACUCAUAAUAAGUUUCGAGGGAAAGGAUCAAGCACGAGUAGAAGCAGCAACUUCUGCUUUAUGCAAGACGUUGGACGCGGGAGCAUUCACUGAGGUGGAUUGA